UUGGAAGGCGAGGCUAAUUUACAUGUAAAUAAAUCUCAACCCUGGGCGGCCAGACUGGGACGUCCAGAUGCUGUGACUGACUUGCUGACAUCACAGCCUCAUUAGCAUGCGGAGGAUGCAGGCAUUGGAACUGCGAACAGCGGCUUCUCCAGCUCUGCCAGGCGCUCCGUGACAGUUAUUAUUAUUUUUUGGAUGAGCUGCACAUUUCCUGGUUCAGUGGCCCGGGCUUUGUGAGCAGCUGACUGGUCUCCCAGGUCUGGCUCAGGAUCAGCUGAUGACGCAGAGACUGGGGUCUGUGACUUCCUUCAGAUAAUCGUGAAGUCGGCGAGUUUAGAGGAGAAGGGUUCUUGAGAAGACAAUUCCAGGACUCAGGCAGGCCUAGAACAAGGGCACAAGUCGCACUCUCUGGCUUGGUGGAUCUCCAGCAGGGUCUGCUUCCAGGGAGGGCGUUCUCUCGGAGGGAAUGCAAAAGAAGACCGGUUUGGGUUUGAGCCUGCUGCCUGCCUCCGGAAGGGCUCAGAUUCGCAGAGACUCUGUAAAGGAGAUGUUUGGGCUGCCUGGAGUCCUGCUUGCAUUUUCUGGUACCAGCUCCAGGGGGAAAGUGAACUGGGGCAACUGACCAGAUCAAGACUCGGUGGCGGCUUCUUCUAAAGCUUCGCGGCUCAUCCUCUAGGAGGUGGGAAGAUCUGCCUGCACUGCAAGUGUCCCCAGGAGGAGCACAUGGUGACAGUUAUGCCGCUGGAGAUGGAGAAGACCAUUAGCAAGCUCAUGUUUGACUUCCAGAGGAAUUCAACCUCAGAUGACGACUCGGGCUGUGCUUUGGAAGAGUAUGCCUGGGUCCCCCCGGGGCUGAAGCCCGAGCAGGUGCACCAGUAUUAUAGCUGCCUCCCAGAAGAGAAAGUUCCCUAUGUCAACAGCCCUGGAGAGAAAUUGCGAAUCAAGCAGCUACUGCACCAGCUGCCGCCCCACGACAAUGAGGUUCGGUAUUGCAACUCCCUGGACGAGGAGGAGAAGCGGGAGCUGAAGCUGUUCAGCAACCAGAGGAAACGUGAGAACCUGGGCCGAGGCAAUGUCAGGCCCUUCCCCGUCACCAUGACAGGGGCUAUUUGCGAACAGUGUGGAGGUCAGAUUAAGGGCGGCGACAUCGCUGUGUUUGCAUCACGUGCUGGCCAUGGCAUCUGCUGGCAUCCACCAUGCUUUAUAUGCACAGUCUGCAAUGAGCUUCUGGUUGACCUGAUCUACUUUUACCAAGAUGGGAAGAUCUACUGUGGCAGGCACCAUGCUGAGUGCCUGAAGCCGCGCUGUGCAGCCUGUGAUGAGAUCAUCUUUGCAGAUGAGUGCACGGAGGCUGAAGGACGACAUUGGCACAUGAGACACUUCUGCUGCUUCGAGUGUGAGACGGUGCUGGGAGGCCAGCGCUACAUCAUGAAGGAGGGAAGACCCUACUGCUGCCACUGCUUUGAGUCCCUGUAUGCAGAAUAUUGUGACACCUGUGCCCAACAUAUAGGAAUUGACCAAGGUCAAAUGACCUAUGACGGCCAACACUGGCAUGCUACGGAGAACUGUUUCUGCUGUGCUCAUUGUAAGAAGUCUCUCCUGGGGCGGCCAUUCCUCCCGAAGCAAGGCCAGAUAUUCUGCUCACGGGCCUGUAGUGCUGGGGAGGACCCCAAUGGCUCUGACUCAUCUGAUUCAGCCUUCCAGAAUGCCAGAGCCAAGGAGUCUCGCCGCAGUGCCAAAAUCGGCAAGAACAAGGGCAAAACAGAGGAAACCAUGCUGAACCAGCACAGCCAGCUGCAGGUGAGUUCUAACCGGCUCUCAGCUGAUGUGGACCCCCUGUCAGUGCAGAUGGAUCUCCUCAGCCUGUCCAGCCAGACGCCCAGCCUCAACCGGGACCCCAUUUGGAGGAGCCGGGAUGAGCCCUUCCAUUACGGGAACAAGAUGGAGCAGAACCAAUCCCAGAGUCCUUUGCAGCUCCUCAGCCAGUGCAACAUCAGAACGUCCUACAGUCCAGGAGGGCAGGCAGCAGGAGCCCAGCCUGACAUGUGGGCCAAGCACUUCAGCAACCCCAAGAGAAGCUCAUCGAUGGCCCUGAAGGGACACGGUGGCAGCUUUAUCCAGGAAUGUCGUGAGGACUAUUACCCAGGGAGGCUGAUGUCCCAGGAGAGCUACAGCGAUAUGUCUAACCAAAGCUUUAGUGAAACCCGAGGCAGCAUCCCAGUUCCCAAGUAUGAGGAGGAGGAGGAGGAAGAAGAAGGUGGCAUAUCUACCCAGCAGUGCCGGCCCCGUCGUCCACUCAGCUCCCUGAAAUACACAGAGGACAUGACACCCACAGAACAGACUCCUCGUGGCUCUAUGGAAUCACUGGCCCUGUCAAAUGCAACAGGCCUGUCUGCUGAAGGUGGUGCCAAGCGCCAGGAGCACCUGUCCCGGUUUUCCAUGCCUGACCUCAGCAAAGACUCUGGAAUGAAUGUCUCGGAAAAGCUGAGCAACAUGGGCACUCUCAACUCCUCAAUGCAAUUCAGGAGCGCAGAGUCUGUCCGCAGCCUACUGUCUGCGCAACAGUACCAGGAGAUGGAGGGAAACCUUCACCAGCUCAGCAACCCUCUGGGGUACAGGGACCUGCAGUCCCAUGGAAGGAUGCACCAGAGCUUUGAUUUUGAUGGCGGCAUAGCGAGCAGCAAGCUACCAGGGCAGGAAGGUGUUCACAUCCAGCCCAUGAGUGAGCGCACCCGGAGGAGAACUACUUCCAGGGAUGACAACCGCCGCUUCCGCCCUCACCGGUCCAGGAGGUCCCGACGCUCACGUUCAGACAACGCCCUGCACCUAGCCAGCGAGCGGGAAGUCAUCGCUCGGUUGAAGGAUAGGCCCCCUCUGAGAGCCAGGGAGGACUAUGACCAGUUCGUGCGCCAACGCAGUUUUCAGGAGAGCAUGGGGCAGGGUUCCCGGCGGGAUCUGUACAGCCAGUGUCCCAGGACUGUGUCAGACCUGGCUUUGCAGAAUGCCUUUGGGGAACGAUGGGGACCCUACUUCACGGAGUAUGAUUGGUGCUCCACCUGCUCCUCCUCUUCAGAGUCCGACAACGAGGGCUACUUCCUAGGAGAACCCAUCCCCCAGCCAGCCCGCCUACGAUAUGUCACAAGUGAUGAGCUCCUGCACAAGUACAGCUCUUACGGUGUCCCCAAAUCCUCCACCUUAGGUGGCAGAGGACAGUUGCACAGCAGGAAAAGACAGAAGAGCAAAAACUGUAUCAUUUCGUAAUGUGAUGGUGGUUGGGGAAUCGGGGAGAUGGGAGCUAAGAAUGUAAACUCAGAAACGUGCACUGUUGUGAAUUCUCAAGUGCUCUUGGGGAUGGUUCAUGGAGGAGAGAUGGAGAAUGCUCUCAGUCGAGGGAGGCAAGGCUGCAGGUUGACUUGGUAGAUACACUUGGUGUCACAGUUUGGGACGUGUUAAAUAUGAUUUGCACAUUUCACUUUGGAAAACACAGGCUGUGGAGGCCAGGGUAGGUCAUGUCCUUUCCAAGGUGGAGUGGCCAUUAACCAGAUGACACACUGUAACCUGCUCACUUAUAUUCUUUCUGGUUCUCUUCCUUUUAGGACCCCUUUUCCAGUAAAUACUUUAUUAGCCAGGACCCCAGACUAAGUUAUUUACAUGUUCAUUGUAAAUGCAAUGUAAAUGAGAGUUCUGAUAAAAUAUUUUUGUAUUUUGUAAUAACAACAGAAUUUCUAUAUCGUAGGAUUCAGUGGGGACUUGCAUGCCUGUCCGCCAGUACCUUCGAGUGAUAGUACACGGUGGCCCAGGACCACCUGGUGUUUGUUGUUUGUUUUGAUUUGGUUUGGUUUUCUUUCUAUACAAAUAUACAAAUCUGUUACAUGUCAGUGAGACUGUUUUCAAAGGAGUAUAUUCAAUUUGGCUUUUUGUGGCUGAAAAAGAAAAUUUUAACUAUCCUACCCAAGGCAUUCUAUGCUCUAGUUCAUCUAAAGGUCCGUCUUUAAGUCCACUCCCACCCUCAGUAGAAUUUAUCCUCUACAAAGUAAGUAGGGUUUUUUCUUUUUUAAUUUUUUUUAUUGCAGAUGUCGCUUUUGCUGAUUAGAUGACAACCAGUGUCAGUCCAGUUCUGUGAGAAAUGCCAUCCUUGUUUGGAACCUUGAAGUUGCUUAAUGUCGAUCUGUCCCUCGGGGGUAGUCGCAGUGACUGUGAGCGGUGCCGGUGUAUGUGUCAGCAUGGCCUUGUUUUGAGUGUGGAAUUGUUUGGUGCUCAUGUUUCCUGGAUUGUAUUUUCUGCUUUCUUCUUCCAAGGCAGACGGAGCUGCUGCCUUAGCCUGACAACUGUUUGUCCUCAUAGCAAAUGAGCGUCAGCGUUUAGCACUGAGGGACAAGAAGAUGCUAGGGUGGGGAGGAGCUCUGGGUGCACUGGGUUGGUGCACAUUACACAAGGGGAUUUGAAAACUAAAAGCAGGUAGAUGCUGAAAGGGGGAAAGUCAGGGAGAAAGAACUUUUAGGAAGAAAUAGAGGUGACAGCCACCUUGACUAGUCCCCAGUGCUUUAGAGAGAAUCCAAUCUGACAAGCUUAGUCACCACAGGGGCCGGCGGCUUCUUACCCUGGAGGGUCAAGCUGCUGAGAUGAUAGGUAACAACAUGGAAAAACAGACCUUGUGGCAAGAGAGAUUUCCAUUUUGAACUUUGAGGACUGUUGGUCAGACAGAAAGGCUCAAGAGUAAGUUUGCUUAAAGAAGACAUUUCAUUGCAGGUGAGAUAAAUAUAUAGUGAAAAAAAAAAAAACCUUCUUGCCUCGCUUCAGUUUUUUAGAAAAAAAAAAAAUGAAGCCCUUGCUCUUGGUCCAUUUUCUCCCUCUCCUCAGUGGAUUGUGGCAAAAAUCCAUCGGAGGACCCACCUUUUGUGAGAUGUGCUGUCCCCUUAUGCACAGUGAGUCUCAGUGGCCAUUUGCCGUGAUGGCGAGCAUGGUCUCUUUUCAGUAUAGUACUUAACAUUUUCUAGGGUUUUUUUUUUAAUGGAGAGAAUGGGAAGAGUGGCUUUUCAGACACCAUGCUAAAUGGGUCUGGGGUCGAGGGAGGCUGUAAAGGAUAUGGUGAUGAUACUCCAUCCAGGAUGUAUUAAAAUGAUUUGCUUUAUAGGUAUUAAUACCACAUUUGUCAUUGUCACUGACUUUUUUUUUAAAAGAAGCAAUGCAAAUGUUGGUUGUGGCUGUUUUCCGCAUGCUAUCUUCAUAUCUAAGUGUUUCAUUAAUUAUCCAAGCCUCUGGAGAAUUAACUCUAUUACGUUUGUACAGUAAGUUAAUAAAGCUGCUUGACAAACUGUUUAAGAGAUAUGCAGCACCGUGCCACUCGGGUGGCAGGUUUCUGGUAGACAUUGGGUGAGUCCAAUUUGGAGCAUUGAGUCUGUUGAUUGGUGAGAAUUAGAAAGGCGCUAUUGGAAAAAGAAAAGAGAGGAGCGUAGAUCACUUAGCAAAUGGUUGAAACCAUGUAUCCUCUCUGGCCCCAAAUCCAACGAACAAAGUUUCCCCAUUGGAAGUCGUUUUCUCACUCUGUCCUUGGCAGAGUACCUCUUACGUUUCCCAGCUAUGUUUUUGACCAGCCCUCAGCCCAAAGAAGAAAGCAAUAUAGAAACUUCUUAAGUUACAUCAAGUCUAGCUGUCCAGAGAACAUUCAAGAUCUUUCUAACCAAAACUUAAAAUAUAAUGAGAUACAGGCUUCAGGGUCAAACGGUCCACCAGCAAGAUCAUCCCCUUCUGCCGAAUCACUGAAGAUUGCUUCCCAUUCUAAAAGCAGCCAGGUGCCCUACAGAGAAUGUCACCUGAGGAAGGCCAGGUCCUCACAAUGGUAGUAGGUCCUUAAAGCUACUGCCCAUGUAGUGGGCAGCAUGACAGUAAACUAGAAUUUCUCUACCUUGAAGUAACAACUUAAGAGAUUUAACACCCGGAAUCUCAUUCCCAAAAUUCAAGUGCAUUCUUUUCUGAAGUGAGAAUUUAGGGUCCUCCCUGAUUCUUCUAGUAUAUCCCUUACCUGCUAUUGGCCAAGUUUCCCUGGGGAGUCAGGCCUGUACUCAGUUCCCCUAGCUCAUUGUUUUAUCUUCUGCAGACUGGCUUUCAGAAGAGUCAUCUUUCUCCCCUUUCUCUUCUCUGAUGAUUUGGCUAUUUUUUCCCAUCUCUCCUCUUAUUGGGCUGACUUCUAUUUAGAACUACAGCUCUAGAGUUCAGUUCGUGUCACGCUGCUGCCAGAUCCAGCACCAGCUAAGCCAGCCCCCUUCUCCGGGCCAAGGAGCGUGUACGUCAGUGAAAGUUUCCUGAGUGCACAUCCCACCUUUGGUCCUGCGAAAAGGGUUCAUGCUGAAGUGCGGUAGCUUCAAGCAUCCAGCGUGGCCUUCAGAGACCCGCCCUUCUGUCCUGUGUAGUUCUAGAUUCUCUACCACGAGUGAAGGUCAAUGGGGUGAGGAAAAUCGGACCUCAUUUCCUGGUUUUUAACAUACAUAAAGGAGAAUUGCUGGUGUUGGUUGUUUGAAACCCUCGUUUACCGUCUAAGCAGCUGUCUGAACAGAUUGGAGUUUUCUAAUAGGAAAAGUCACAGUCUUUUCCUACAGAAGGCUCCCCCUACAGAGCUGUAGGAAGAUGGCGUUCUGUGCGCCCCUUCUAGGAGUUCCUACUUCUUAUGACCAUCUUUCAUCAGGUGGAGCCAUGGUGGCAUGAGUGUAGCACUUUCUAUGUGUGCUCUACCUGCCACCUUAGUGGAUGACGAGCAGUGGAUUACUGCACUUUCCAAGGAGAGCAGACUCUCAUCCCAGGUAUCUUCACAAAACUCCAACAAGCCAGGGCUGAUUGACUAGAGGCGGUCUCCUCUGUCUUAUGACAGAUCUUAUUCAUAAGCUGACUCUUUCCUGAUUCCCUGGGAAAGGAGUACACCAGACAUAUAGGAAGCAUCCAAAACCAAGAAUUGGGAGACCCCCAUUCCUUCCCACACUGUAGAAGCUACAGGAAGCUGACCUCUUAGGCCAAACAAGGCUCCCUUUGGCCUACUUCUUCGUGCUCAGGGUCUUUGCCAGUUAUGUGAGCAGCUCCUGCUCACUUUGCAGAAGUCAGCUAAGAGUCUGUUUUCUCAUCCCAGUCCAUAUUAGAGGGACACAGGACACUUAAAUUCCAAAGCAGAGUGUUCUCUGCAUUCGCCUAACAGAGACCAGAUGCUGUGCCUCACAAAGAUCCACCUAUGACCAAGGGAAAUAGAAAACUGAGCCAGUGGCCUGAAUGUCACAUGCAAACAGUUGUUCCUGGCACCUGCGUGGCACCUUCAGGCUCUGCAGAUCCUGUUCCACAGGCUUCUAUUACUGAUCUAGAAGGCAAUUGCACAUUAACACCUUUUGGAAAGUACAUUUCUUUGAGCAUACAGGAAAUAGGAAUGAGACCUUUGCCUUCUUGUCAGUGGUUCACCCCAGAGUAUGUGUGUAUGACCAUCCAGAAGCCAAGAAGGUCAGGAUGGAGGAAGAAUUGAUUUAUUUUUCUGUUUUCUCAUAUUAGAAGCCCAGUCAACACAACACCCCUAUAGAGCACGACUAUCGGAAGCUAUUACUCUGAUAUAAAUUUAUUUCCUGCUUCCAAAACCAGCCUCCCUCAGAGGAAUAAAAAGGAGGUUGGAAAGGUCAUGUGCUAUUAACAGACAUCUCUGUGGUUCAGAUGUGAUAAACUCACAAGAUAGAUGUCUAGUUCUAUCUCGAGCAAUUUCUAAGAAAACCUUCAUGGGCUAGGCAUUUGGCCAUGGGGGUUCAAUAGGUCACCAACCAAAUGUUUCUAAAUUUUGGGAGGUUACUUGCCAAUAUGACCACUUCUCAUGUUUAUCUAGUUGGUUCCCAUAGUUUUCAAUAAAGUAUUCUGGUUUAAUCCUGACCCUGGGUUAACAACGUAAGACCAGUGACUCUCCUGUAGUCUUCAGCAAAGUAGGCCAGUAUUUAUUCUCCCUAAACUCGUUUGUUCCUGCAGAGUUGCUUUGCUCAGAUCCUAUUUGAUUCCACAUGCAUAAACAGAACCUCAGAGGGCCCAAGAAGGCGAAGCAGGCUGGAGUCUGUGUUAUCUGUCAAGUGUCAAGCUGUUUGUUAAGAAGGCCUGUCACGGGCUUUUGGCGUGGGAUCUGCCAGAGACUGUUCUGAACACUUUGCUUGAGAUCCGUGCCCUGUAAAGUGGAUAUGAUGUUUUACUGAUUCUGUAAUACAUUUGUAAACUUCCAAUAAAAUUUGAAUAAAAGGAA